AUGCACAAGUUAUCUGUGAAUCGUGCGUCCACCGCAGCGAGUGCUCCAAUCUGCACUCCUCCUCCUGCAGCGGAGGACGUGAAGAAGUUGAAGAACCGCAUGGCUUCGCUGGAGGCUGAGUCCGCUGUCACCUCCGCUCGCACCAGUCGCUUUUCGGGUGGAAGCGAUAUCAACAAUUCUCUGGACGGAGCUGGAGGCGCUGGAGGCACCAACAUUUACCUGGGAGGAGGGGCUGGGACAGCGGGGGCGGGGACUGCGAUAGCCGGGGCUGGGACUGCCGGAGGGUGGGGUGGUGGAGGAGCUGGCACCGCUGUUGGCACUGGGUCUGAUGCACAAGUAGGUGUGGGGGUGGGGGUGGGAGCCGGGACAGCAGGUGGAGCCGGGGGAGCAGGAGGGGCCACUGGAGCUGGUACAAGUGGAGUGGCGGUGAUUGGAGGUGGGGGAGCUGCAGGAGGAGCAACAGGAGCGGCUGGAGGAGCAGGAGGAGCAGGAGGAGCGGGGGCUGGAACAGGAGCCGGGAACACCAUCAUCUACUUUGGAGGCGGAGGUGGAGCCGGCAGCAGCGGAGGUGUAGGGACCGGCACUUCCACUGACACCAGGUACACAGAGACCAGCAGUGGCACCAAAUACACCUCGUCAGGCUCCACCAGCUACAGCGGGACCAGUGGGGCCAGUGGAGGCGCAGGGACCAGCUUCACCUGGAGCGGAGGACAGCUGGACGCAGCCACUCUGCAGAUGGUCAUCCAGCAGAAUCUGAGGUCUGAGCUGCAGUCUCAAGCAUUCAGGGCAUACUUGGCGUCAGCAUCAGUAGGUGGAGAGCGGGGGCUUCCUGGACCUAAAGGAGAUGCAGGAUUAAAAGGAGAAAUGGGUUACCCAGGAAGUCCAGGUCCCAUGGGCCACGCUGGACCAGAGGGUCCCAAAGGCCAAAAAGGAACUAUGGUCCUGACGUAUUGUAUUUGUGACCAGGUGAGGCGGGACCAGAGGGGCCACCCGGUCUCAGGGGCCGUGAGGGCCCACAAGGUCCCAGAGGAGAGCCUGGGCCACAAGGUUUUGGAGAGAAAGGAGACAAAGGAGCUGCUGGUGAGCCUGGGGGUCCUGGGAUUAUGGGCCCGGUCGGACCAAAAGGUUUGGCAGGCGCUCCUGGCCACAAUGGACCUCCAGGACAACCAGGUGUGCAAGGGUUCAGCGGACAACAAGGAUUGCCAGGGCCUAAAGGUGACAGAGGCCUUCCUGGAUUCCAAGGUCUUAAAGGUGACACGGGCGAUAAGGGUCCGAGGGGGGUGCCAGGUGAUGUUGGUGUACCCGGGGCGCCUGGGCCGGCAGGAGAGAUGGGGCCCAAAGGAUCAAUGGGUCUUUCUGGAAUUGAUGGAGCAAAAGGCUCAAGAGGGGACUCAGGCCAAGCUGGACCCCCAGGGCUACGAGGCCCGGCCGGUCCUCCAGGAGAUGCCGGCAUGCCAGGUCAACCAGGACUGCAAGGACCACCAGGGAUCGCAGGGAAUCCAGGACAACCUGGAGUUAAAGGAGAACCCGGUGCACCAGGAAGAAUCAUUAAUGCAGCUGGUUCUAGUUCUGUUGGGAUCCCAGGACCCCCAGGCCCUUCAGGCCCCCCUGGCCCUGCUGGCCCCCCAGGAUUAUCAGGUCCAAUUGGCCCAGCUGGUCUUCCUGGCCAAACUGGUCCUAAAGGUGACAGGGGCGAUCAAGGGGAGCGAGGCGUGUCAGUUAGAACCAGUGAAACCCUCAGUUCAAGUAGAACCCAAAACCAAUACUCUGCAGGUGGAGUCUCUGGAGCAGUGGGACCCCCAGGACCACCCGGGCCCCCGGGACAACCAGGACGUCCAGGAGAUUCAAGACAAGGUCCACCUGGUCCUCCUGGUGUCCCUGGUCAGCCUGGUUAUGGUAGACCAGGGCCAAAAGGAGACAGAGGAGAAUCAGGCUUUGCUUCCAGCUCAGGUACAACAUACUACACUGGACCACCAGGCCCCCCAGGCCCCCAGGGACCACAGGGAACCAAAGGCGAUCCUGGAGUUCCUGGUAUUCCCGGCACAUCCAGAGGCUCAGUGUCUGUCACUGCUGGUCCUCCCGGUCCUCCUGGACCUGCGGGACCACCUGUACAUCACAGAUUACAUGAGCCGCAGCAGUCAGUUUGCUGUACAAGGACCUCCAGGCCCCCCCGGGCCCCCAGGGGCCCCUGGCUCCUACUCCGGCUCCCUCGAGGACCUGUCGACUCGGAUCAUUGCAUACUUACAACGGUCAGGCUCUAGUGUGAGAAUCGGUUUACCAGGACCUCCAGGACCUCCUGGGCCCUCUGGUCCGGGCACUCUGUCAGUCAGCGCUCUAAUAGCCUUGUUACAGAGAGACGAUGUGAGGAGGUAUGUGAUCGGACCACCUGGCCCACAGGGACCACCUGGGCCCUCAGGAGCAGCGGUCGAUGGCUCCUUUGGUGGUUACUCUUUGGAGCAGAUAUCCACUUAUGUCAUCAAAAUCAUAACAGAGAGAGGACUCGGCAGAGGACCACCAGGACCACCUGGACCGGCUGGACCCCCUGGACCUGGAAGCUCAGGGUUUACUACAGCCACCAUUGAUUACUCUGCACUUAUGAGAAACUCAGAGUUCCGCUCGUGGAUGAACUCUGCCCUACAGCACAGUAAUUCUGGACCCCCAGGAUCCCCUGGUGCCCCAGGUCUACCCGGCCCCCCAGGACCCCAGGGACCACCUGGUGUGUCCACCUCCACAGUGUAUGGCUCAGGAGGCCGCAGCUACAGCUUUGAGGACAUCCAGAGAUACAUACAGACUUCUAGGGUACAAGGUGCACCAGGGCCUCCAGGUCCUCCGGGCCCCCAGGGGCCUCCAGGCUCAAACAGUGGAUCAGUCACAUACAGUGGAAGCUUCUCUCGAGACAGCCUCCGCUCUGAGCUGCAGGACUACAUGUCCAGCGAGAGUGUCCGGCGCUCCAUCAUGGGCCCCCCAGGGCCUCAAGGACAGAAGGGAGACCGUGGAGAGCCAGGUUACAUCCACAGCCAGACGCAGAGCUACUCCCAGGGAGACUCUCGAUAUGGCUCCCAAGGAACUCAGAUCAAAGAGAUCGACAUCCGGGGACUCACAGAGACUCUGGACUAUUCUAAUGUGGCCAUGAAGGUCACGGACUACAUCAAGAAUCAAGGUCUGCUGCAGGACUAUCUGGGGGACGGCUCUCUGCGGACUCAAGUACGAGCCAUUCAGGGCCCCCCUGGACCAGCAGGCCCCCCCGGCCCCCCGGGAUACAGCCGCGUCCUGGCCUCCUACGGCAAUAUAACAGCUGACCUGAUGGACUUCUUCAGGGCACACGGGACCAUCCCAGGACCCAGAGGACUCCCAGGUCCCAGAGGGGAGAGGGGCUACUCAGGGCUCAAAGGAGACAAAGGUGAUCCGGGACAGCCUGGUCUCCCGGGGUUACCAGGAGCAUACACUAUACAAAUUCCACACAGACUCCAGAAGAGAGAAACAGCUAAAAAACACCACCACGUUCGAAACAAAGACCUCGGAGCCGCGGACAAAGCCUGA